AUGAUCAGAUACGAUCUAGGAAAGACACUAUCAUUCAUGGAACUGUUUGAAGAAGUUGUGUUAGGGCAGAUAUUUUAUGUGUGCAUAAUUGAAAUUAGUUUAGUACUUAUUUUAAUUACUCAUUUAUUCUUCUCCCAGGUGGCUGCAGAAGAUGAUUUUCCAGUGUUUGUCUGCUCAGACUGUGUUGAUAAACUGAACACUACUCAUGAGCUUGUUGUUAUGUGCAUUGAAUCUAACAACAAGUUCAAUGAGUACUUAAAAUCAAAAGAGGAAAAAACAAAGCCUGAUAACUCUGUGAGAAGAGAUGUUGCACAAAGUGAAAACAAAAUAUAUGAAACUGAAGGUAUGGUCGAAGAAAAGCAAGAGUCCCAAAAGAAAGCACACAAUUCAGUAAAUAUGAAAGAAGAGAAUGGAACUACAGAUAUGUCAAUGCUGAAAUUUUUAGAAAAGGAAGGUAUUAGUUCUUGUGGAAUCCAUAAAAAUGGUAGCUUGCAAGGAGAGAUGCAUCAAGAACAAGAAUAUGUGUUGUCAUAUGAAGAUACUUUCCCAUCCUUUCAGUUUUCAAAUGCAGAUAUGAUAAAGGAAGUUGACAAUGAAGUCCUUAAUUCAAUGGAAAAUAUGACAACCCUUGUUCCUGUCCCUUUACAUAACACGUUCUCUGAUAUGCAAAGUUUUGAUUGUAAGUCAUCGAACAUAAACACAAUGGAGAAAGUAGUGUCUCUCAAGUUACAUGAAGAUGGAUUUGUGCAUUGCGAAGAUGAUUUUACAUCAUUUCAAGACUUCACAAAAACCAAGCUACCUAAGACUAAUGAAUCUGCAUUUAGACAUCAAGAUUCCAGCACCCUGAAACCACCAGAUCAGUGUGAAGUUAACAGACAUGGUGGAGGUCUGAACUGCCCUAUAUGCAGCUACACAGCUCAGACUCAAGAUGAGCUGGACUCCCAUGUAGCCUGCUGUAACAUCAGCAGCUCUGUGUCAGAAACGCCAGGCCAUGACAUUAUUGAGCAUGACAAGAUAUAUACAAAGGUUGACACAAAUCAGGUACAUCGACUUGGCCACAUCAUUUCUCAGGGGUUUGAUCCUGAGGUUUCUUGGAGUUGUACCUCAUGUCACCUGAAUUUUCAAAGCUCUGAACGUCUGCGUGAACACAGGGAAACUUGUCAUGCAACACUAUGGCUUUGUGAUCUCUGUGGCCGAGGAUUUUCUACUUCUGAAGAACUAAGUGAUCACCAUAAUCUAAUGCAUGUACAAAGUUUACAGCGUAAUUCUCGGCCAAAUGUCUUUCGCAACAGGUUAGUUGCUGGUGUUAUGUCACAGUAAUAAUUUUCAGGUAUU